UGUCUGUGGUUCUGAUCGAACCAUAAGACGAACUGCGAGACAUUAUAAGCAAUGCUUGAGGAAGAGAAUAAAGGAACGCUUUUCAGAAGCUACUUCCGGCUCUAGGACAGCAAGAACGGAGGAAGUCCUGCAUCCUCCUCAGAUGCUGCCUAAAAUCAUCAUGCAUCGCGAAGCUCUGUAUGACCGACCCGAGGAACGAUCGAUCCUGAAAGACGGCGCAAGCGCCCCGAAGUGAAACGUACACCGCACCCCUAUUAAAGACGGACGAAAACUGGCAAAUUUGACCAAAACAAACCAGUAAGAAUGGACACUAAGUAAUGCUCGAAGCAUCGUUCUUUUCCUCCCUUUAACUCCGGUCACCAACAGGCAACAUGAGCCCUGGUCUUGGACAUGACCCCCUUCCUUCGUACAAUAUCACGGCAUUAGGUAAUACGGCCUUGUGCCUGUGGCAGCAACCUCAACACAUACUGUUCCAGUUGGCAAACUUUUGCUUCGCGCUGUCCUACUCAGCUCCGUCCUCAAGAAAGGGAAUACUGUUUAUGCACUCCGUCCUGAUAAUUGGGUUCAUGUUGCUUUCUGGUUGGGCAUGGCAUGUCAUAUGCGCGCCGGAUAUAUUCUCCUGGAACUUCAGUUUCUUAGUGUUGAACAUUGGACAACUGGUUUACAUCGUUUAUCAAAUGAGGCCCGUUCGAUUCGAUCCGGAAUUGGAGGAAGCAUAUCAUACACUUUUCUACCCCUUUAAGGUCUCCCGACUGCAGUUUAAGAGACUUGUAUCUCCAGAAUUCGCAUCAAUAAUGUCACUUCACGCUGGCGAGGCGUAUGCCAUGCAAAACUUAACUCGAACCGACAGAUUGGGAUUGUUGUUAAGUGGCAAAGUAAAUGUACUCAGUGACUCGAAUUUUCUACACCCCAUACUGCCUUGCGAGUUCCUAGAUUCCCCAGAAUUUGAAAGCUCUAGAGCGUCUGUCGACGAUAAAUUUAAAGUAUCAAUUGUUGCUGCAAGCUCAUGCAGGUAUUUAUAUUGGCAAAGAUCCGCGUUAGAAUAUCUACUCGUUAAGGAAGCAUAUCUCGCAACUGUUUUAACGACACUGGUUGCUAGGGACAUAGCCACUAAAUUAUACGCUAUGAAUAACAAGAUUGUUACAGAUAAGGGUUCACACUUGGAUAUCAGACUUCCUACUAUUAGCGCAGGAUUGAGCAUGAGUGGCGAAUACAGAAGUCCAAGAGCAUCCAGACAGGCUUUGAUUCGUAGGAAAGAGGCCUCGUUAUCCGCUGAAAAUGGUAGAUCCACCACAAUGAAAGAUCGUCCAGCAAACAAUCUUUCAAAGAAAGGAGCACCGAAUAUGGAACCCUUACCGGAAAUGCCUUCUUGCGAUGAUCUGGCCUCCAGCGGCGUAGAAAGCUGGCUCGACUCCUCGAGCAAGUAUCACAGCUGUGAAAUCGUGGAUGAAGACUAGCAGGAGGCCUCCUUAACGCCGGACACCUUCUACGAAGGGGACAGUGACUAGUGCCGACGUUAAGACCGUGUUCACGCACAAUGACGAGAACUAUAGCUACUACAGAAAAAGAAGACACUCGAAAUUAAAUUACAAACAAUGUGUUCCGUAAAUUAACGUAUCGGAAGAAAUCGACGACUGCAUUUUCGCAAGUUCGAAGAAUCGAGGCAACAAAUAGUGAUUUACUUCGACGAAAGGAAUAACUUCUGUUGUUUAUAAUGAUAUUGACGCGUGUGACGAUUAUAGGAUUUUGAAAGCAUCGUUUUGUUUAAUGUAAGAGAAACAGUGGGCAAUGUUUACAUGUGGACAAAGCGAGGGAGGUUGCAGUUGUUGUUUGCACGCUUUGUUACGCCAAUAAACAGGGUGCUUCAGAUUGAACAGUAUUUAGGGAAAUAUUAGUAAGAUAUAAAGGUGUUCUUUAUUAAAAUUUGUUAAUUCUAAGGUUAUGGAAUCAGUUAAUUUAAUGCAGUAAUUAUUUGGAAGAACUAAAAGUUUUCUGUUUGGUAGAUAAAAAUCCAAAAUAACGAAGCUCAUAAUAUUGUUUAUUAACCAUUGAAUUGUUGACAAUUGAAAAAUAGUAUUUUUACUAUUCCCUUGUUAUUGAAGUAUUUUCGACCAUCACAUUUUGAAAAUCCGUAAACACGUACAAAUAUCUCUUGCUACUGAAUAGCAUUAGUAGAAAUGUGAACAUCAUCAAAAUCUUUUACACUCUAUUGCUUUAUCACUUUAUUAUUACUUUUAUUAUUCUGACCUGUAGAUCCAUUGAACCUUCUACAGACUUUGUGAACUUUUUUAAUCGGUUGAAUAUCCUAUUUUUCUGAAACACCUUGUAAUAAAAUAUUACUGUAAAAUUAAUAAGAAUUAUACUGUAUUCAUUUCAAGGUUAAGGCUGUUUUCAAAUAAGAGUAACGAUAUUGAACUAUACUCGAUAUUUUUAAACAAUUUAACCAGCAGGGUAGGCUGUUGUAGCAUAGAAGACCCAUCAACAUUAAAGGAAAUGAUGUGGCUACUGAGAUUUAAGAACAAAUAAAGUAUAUUUAAUUUGAAGAUGGAUACAGUAGAGAACGAGAAUUUCUCAGGUCGACUUCACCCUGUACAUAAAGUUUUCUAUUUUUUACUACAUCCGGUAAAAAUUGCUUUUAGAAUUAAAUUACUCAACGUAUAUUGUAACGGAAAAAUUAUAAAAUAAACAUAGGCGCGUGUAAACCGUGAAUAAUUAAAUUCAAUUAAUAAAUUAUUUAAAGUUCACUUUAACGUAUUGCAAUUAAAUUUACCAAGCUUGCAUUUAAAUUUAUUGGAUAUGUCCAAUACUUCUGCAAUACAUAUGUUGUUAGGUCUAUAUCAUACAUAUCUUAUUUGAAGCUGAACGAAUGUCAGCCAAUAAAAGCAUUUUCUAAUGAUGAGGAAUUUUUACCGUAAAAGAUAUUUAAGAUACUAUUAAUGAUUGAAUAGAAAUAUGAUACUCCAUGUAAAGAAUAUGCUAAAUAUAGUAGAAAUACGUAUUUUAUCCCAAAGUUUAGUACGUACUUGAAUAUAAAUUAUUUUUCAAAAUCAAUCGAAAUUGUAUUGUAAUAUUCAAUUAGAAUGAUUUUUUUAUUAAAUGGAAUUACGUGUGUCGUAGGUAAAUAUUGGAAUCUAAUAACGAUUACAGUUUGAUAUUUCUAUUUAAGAACAGCAAUACUAUUGUUGUCAUUCGUUGAAAAAUAAAUGUUCCUUCGUUGUUUCAUUAAUAAUUCGCAAGUGCGUACUAAGCUUAACAGCACAGUGCAGUGAAUUAUUUACAGUCGAAUGAAAGUGAAACUGUUAAUCCUACGCUUACGUGUUUAGCUAUAUUGUUACAUUUUAUAAGAAUUUAUAUAUUUAUUGUAGAACGAUCUUCCACAUUCUCCAUUCGUAUUGUAUUAUACUUUACAUUGAUCUGUAGUAUUUUUGUAAAAGGGCUUUACCGCGUACGUAUUUUGAAGUGUUUGAAUUGUUAUCGCUUUUGUUCGCAUAGUGAACAGACUUCAUAGUAUUCUAGUAUAGCGUGGCUGUAAGAUUUACAAUUGUAUUUUAUAAUUCUUCGGGAUACCUUCAGAAACAUCAGGGUUCGUUGCGAAAUGCUUUGAUGAAUUUAUGCAGCAGCAUCGAUGGCAAUAUGAAAGUUCGAUCGAAUCGG